AUGAGACUGGACCCUAACAAGUUAAUCCCCACUCUUCAACCAACCCGUUCAGCUCACCUCACGGUCGACCUGAACUUCAGCACUGCUUUGAAUAGCUUCGGCUCCAGUUCCCUCACAACCGCCAACAUUUCAGGCCAAGACUUCCCAGUCUUCACCACGGAUCCCCAAUCACCAUGGCUUCUCUCCACCAGUCCCAGCCUGCCGGCACAAUCCGCGCAACAGCAACAGUUACAGAGUCCCGAAUCGCCUCAUCAGGACUUUGUCUUGUUCGAUCAGCUCCCUAAUCGCCCUACAACAACAUCGCUGCCAAACCAGCGUCGACACUCGUCUCAUCUGCAAAACCGCCAACAGCCUGUCUCCCCUGCUGUUCAGAAUCAACGAGUAGCCCAGUUGCUCCAGGCUUUUGGUCGUCCUUCGUCUACUGUAAACAACAACAACCGUCCCACGAACCAGUUUUACGCUUCUUCGGCCCCUUCGUCAUCUACUGCAUUGAACAAGCAGAACCGUGCUGCUCGACCCCCAGUACCUCUAUUUUCCCAGAGUACAGGUAGCGUCUCGCAACAAACCGCCAAGAUGAUGAACGCUGCAGGUUUGUACCCCUCUGAUGAGAUAUCUACUAGUUCCACAAGCUCACCAUCUUCAUCAGACGUCGAACUCGAAGAGUUCACUGCCUUCGAGGGCGGGGCUCACACGGCCUUUUCCUCACCUGCUGUUGCUUCUGUCUUUGACUUUAGCAGCAGUGCGUCUAGCUCUAAUGCCAACUUGGCGACUAUCUCGCCUCAGGAUCUUCUUUUCCAAGAGCCUUUCAUGUCUGCUCCCAACUCGUCGGCCCUCACGGCUUUGACUUCUCCAUCCAUCUACAACGAGUCUCCGGACUUUGACCAGUAUGAUGUGUCUCCCAACUUUGGCAAUGCCGAGUUCGACACACCAGCUGGAGAUUGGUUUCCUCUGUUCCCUACGGAACCCUCAGCUGUUCCCCAGCUGAGUGUUGAAACCUCUCCUGAGAUGAAGUCUGAUGAGUUGGACUCUGAUGCUCAGUCUCCUCCCCUGCCUCGUCGCAAGUCGGGUACAUCGCCUUCCACUCGCCACUCUUCUGUGGCUGGUGUUAACGCCCGCAAGCGAGACAAGCCUCUGCCCCCUAUCAUCAUCGAUGAUCCUAGCGACAUCGUUGCCAUGAAGCGUGCUCGCAACACUCUUGCCGCACGAAAGUCUCGGGAGCGCAAGGCAAUCAAGAUGGAGGAACUGGAAGAAAAGAUUGCCAAGUUGGAAGAAGAGCGUGAUCACUGGAAGAGGAUCGCUCUUGCGCAAUCAGGUGUGCAAUAA